AUGGAAACAAUAUCUCAAUCUCAGGUGCUACUUCAACCACAGCCACAACCCCCAUUCACGUGCAGUAUAUGCGGCAAGGGUUUUGAUCAGAAAAGACCUCAAAUUCGGCAUCUGUCUUAUUGCAAAAAAUCAAAGACUCGAACCCCAAAACCAAGAAAGAAAGCCUGUGCUCAAUGCAUCAGAUCAAAAACGCAGUGUGAAGUACAAUAUGUACACAACCGACAUACCAAAUGCUCUCGUUGUCGGACAAAGGGCAUCGAUUGCCAUUUCGAGCGGCCACCAUUCGUUGAUGCUGUGGAGCCUGUGGAUGCAUCAUUACCAUCUAGCACGCUGGAAGGUGUGCUGGAGAUUGCCACAGAUAAACCGAUGACAACGAAAGAAGCAGCAUUUAUCGACUACUCAAACUCUACCUACGAGACGGUGGAAAUACCGAACUAUGAGCUUGCUCUACCAGACUCACGUGAUUGCACUUCCGAUAUGAGCAGUUCAGCCGUUGCAUUAUUCCAGGCGUCGAAAAGACCCACUUCUGCCACAGACUUAUGGACAGAAAACAUCACCGCAGGUGAGAAUUUAGAGCUCAUGUCCGAUGCUUUCCUGUUUCAUCCAAGCACACCUGGUCCUUUUCUCUACGGCGAGGGACGAUAUCCUUCUUACUCUCCUAUAUACAAUACUUUUGGCGCUUCAAUUCCCUAUCCAAUCUCACCAAAGCCACCCAAAUCCUUUCUGCCAAAUCGAGACCACGAUCAGAAACUGCAGUUGAACAGAAGAUAUAUAGGUUGUGUUAUGAGGUCAUAUCCUAGUAUGUUUCUUGAGAAUAAGCUGCCGCCUUUUAUUCAUCAUAGCUGCUUAUCCAACGAGCCAAACUCAAGUUUGCACACCUCACUUCCUGGGCCUCUUUCUAUUUGUGCGGGUAUCGUGCAGAUGUUCAAUGUCAAGAAUAAAAGUAACACGGGCUUCAUCUGGAAGACGAUUCGUAUGGAGCAGGAAAGGUUAGCUGCUGAGAAUUUUCUGUUUAGCGAUGUUGAACUUAUCGCCGCACUUCAGGCUAUUACAAUCUAUAUGCUCUUGAGGCUUUCCGAGGAGGAUGAAGAUGCUACAGAUUUCGACAUACCACUGAUUCAUACGAUGAUGAAAUUAGGUAAGCGUAUGAGUGGAGUCACUGUUAGACAUAGUGUUCUAUCGAAAGAUGGAAAAACAGUUUGGAAAGAUUGGGGUUUGGUUGAAUCCCUGACACGGACUACUACUUUGAUCUGCAUAAUAGAUCUUCUUUUUGAUCUUUCGGAAGGUCUAGCCCCAUACUGCAACGACGGCUCACAGCUUCAGAAGCUGACGCUUCCAUGUUCAAGAAUGCUGUGGCAGGCAUCGUGUGAAUCCGAAUGGGAGCGGAAACUCCAGUCUCAGCUAACCAGACCUGAUUCUGGAAUCGGUCUGACUUAUGGGGAUAUCCUCAACGUUCAAUUGGGGAUAGGUGAUUAUGGGAAACGGCUUGACAAUUGGCUCUGUCAGAUUGACGAGUUUGGAAACCUAAUUAUAGCCGCUGCGAACUUCUCGUGA